AUGUCGAUGCGAAGACGAACUUUGCUUAAAGUUAUCGUCCUUGGAGACAGCGGGGUUGGCAAAACAUCGUUGAUGAAUCAAUAUGUGAAUAACAAGUUUAGUCAACAGUACAAGGCCACGAUCGGAGCUGAUUUUGUCACCAAGGAGCUUCAAAUCGAUGACAGGCUCAUCACGUUACAAAUAUGGGACACUGCAGGGCAAGAGAGGUUCCAGAGUCUUGGUGUUGCUUUCUAUAGAGGUGCAGAUUGCUGUGUGCUUGUUUACGAUGUCAAUUACCUAAAAUCGUUUGACUCUCUCGACAACUGGCACGAGGAGUUUCUUAAACAGGCUAGCCCGCGGGAUCCAAAGGCGUUCCCGUUCAUAUUGCUUGGUAACAAGGUUGACAUUGAUGGAGGAAAUAGCCGUGUGGUGUCUGAGAAGAAAGCUAGAGAAUGGUGUGCUCAAAAGGGGAACAUACUCUACUUCGAGACAUCGGCUAAAGAGGAUUACAAUGUAGAUGACUCCUUCUUGUGCAUCACAAAACUUGCCUUGGCCAAUGAGCGCGAGCAAGAUAUAUAUUUCCAGGGGAUUCCAGAUGCUGGUUCGGAGCCUGAGCAAAGAGGAGGCUGUGCUUGCUGA